AUGUCGUCUCUAUCUAUCUUCCGCGUGGCGACCCGCGCCGUUCGCCCUACCGGCUUCUUUAGAGCUCCUCAAUUGACCCGGUCCCGGAUGCAGUCCCCGGUCACUCUGGCUGCCGCCCGCGCCCACAACUUCGGUACCACCCCCAUGCGCCGCUCCGGCCACGAGGAUGAGACAUACGAAGAGUUCUCUGCCAGAUUCGAGAAGGAAUUCGAUGGUGUGCAGGACGUUUUCGAGCUCCAGCGCAACCUGAACAACUGCUUCGCUUACGAUCUCGUUCCCUCCGUUGAGGUCCUCACUGCCGCUCUCAAGGCCGCCCGCCGUGUCAACGACUUCCCCACCGCUGUUCGCGUCUUCGAGGGUAUCAAGGCCAAGGUCGAGAACCCCGAACAGUACAAGCAAUAUCUCGAGUCUCUCGAGGGCCUGCGCGUCGAGCUGGGCGUUGCUCUCCGGGAGGAGCUCUACCCCCAGGAGGCGUAA